AUGAUAAUUUUGGUAAUAUUCUCAGUAUGUAUCAGCCUUUGCACCAAUGUACAAGCAGGUUCCAUUUCUACACCAACGACCACAAGUCUGGUACACAAUACUUUUGGCGCUGACCUCACAAGAAUUGCUGAAUCCUGCUUCAGCGGUGCCAAUCACGAGCAGCUAACACGCUACACGGUUCGCCGUUCCAUAGCUCGAACACUUGGCAGUGUAUUGAACCCAGAGUUUCUGUUAACCAUAGGUUUAACGGAGUUACGGUCGACGCUGAAUCUCGAGCCACUGCCUCCAUGGAAACCUUACAACAACACGGAUCCCAGUGACUUGGAUCUUGCAUCAGCGCCUACCAUUCAGGCCUAUUACGAUCUCAAAGAACCGCGCGACGUAAUGAGAAGCCUUGAUGAUGACUACAAUUAUGAACACAAUUUAACUCCUGCGAAAGCAUAUCUGGAUAAACAAUUUCCAGCGACUCGAAAAGUUUUUAAACGUAGGUUUGAAAAGAUUCGUCGGUCCAUAGAAUUGUUAGAUAGGAAGAGAAUAGAUAAAAUGAAUGGAAAGUAUUACAAGGCUAAUUCAUUAAUAACCGAAACAGUAGAGCAAACUACUUCAAGGAGAAAUCUGUUUAGAUGCUGGAAUGCAACUAAUUAA